AUGGGUAACAACACUGAGUUUCAAAGCACAGUCAUUUGGCUUUCUGAAAAUUUAAUGCUUGUCGAUGCAAGAGUUAAUCUUGUUGAGUGCAACAUAAGAGUGCUUGGAGGACUUGUCUCUGGUCAUCUACUUGCCACUGAUUCUACAGACAGGUUGGGUGAACGGAGUGGUUUUGUUUGUAAGAAGGAUAUACGACUCCCCAUCAAUGCAAAAUUCCGUGGACCGUAUGGAGUGAUGGAGAAUGAGACUACUGAAACAAGCACUUCAGGGUGUGGUUCUCUAAUUCUGGAAAUGGGAGCAUUAUCCCAAUUGACUGGAGACCCGAAAUACGAAUCUGCAGCUUUACGUGCUCUCGUUGAAUUUACUUGGUACAAACACUGGAUGUAUCAACUGGGGAAUGGAUUGAAUAUUCAACUGGGAUUGGGGCUGGAAUAUUUCAGACAUGGUCCAAGGUACAGCACUAUUCCCUAG